AUGAGCGGCAGCGCAGCAAUGGUAGCCUGGCGUCGCGUGCUGCGCCCCAGCAGUCGUCUUGCGUCACUCGACGAGACGUCUGGGAGAGCAAGUGGAGUGCUUGGCCAGCGAGGCUGGCACACCUCGACCUCGCGAGCAGCUGCCGUCGCCCUCGAUGCGCAUCUCCCGCUAGAGUUUGCAGCUCAGAAACAGCGAGCAUCGCAGCACAGAUCCUCCGUCGGCAUUCGAGAGAGGAACGAAACAAAAGGCGCUCGCUAUGGCGACCAACAGCCGCUUGGCACCUCUGAAGGUGCUGCGAUCACGACCACGUCCCACCACCGAAUCUCAGCGCCUGCAGCCGGCGUGGACAACUACGAUGACUUCUUCAAGGAUCAGCUCACCUAUGCAUCUCGCGACUCUCCGAUCAUGCUGAGAAGCAGCAACGACAGGCUAUGGUCCUACGACGUCACAUCCGAAAAGCUGCGCGCGGAGCUGGAGAAGAUUGCAGAGAGCGUGGACCGAGGGGCGAGGCACUUGCCCAGUCUAGCGAGCAGGCUCUUGCAUUCGCUCGGCAUUCGUGUGCACCUCGAUGGGCAAGCUGAAAGCACGCUGACGCCAGCGGCAAAAUUCGAGGAAGCAUGUAUGCUCAUCUUUUCGCACUGCAUACAGCGGUCUGCGCAACUCGGCAUGACGCACACCGCGCAACAAGACCGUACAUCCAUCCGCAGCAUCUCGGCGCUCUACGAGUCUCAGGUGGGUCAAGCUUUCGUGCCCACUUUCAAGGAGAAUCCGAGACUUGUGCAGCUGCAGAGGAGCACCCUACACUCGUACUUUGGCCUGCAGUUCUUGGCCUCUGUGCGGCUUCAGGACGAAGGUAUGCGGAAUGCGGCGCUCUGCGUCAAGGAUCAGCGGUUGAAGCCCAGUCAAGCCAGGUACCUCUUCCGGAGAGUCGUCGCUAGGCUAGAGGAGGGAAGCGCCAAAGAUUCGAGUGUCGCUCGCUCAUUUGCCGUCGAAGCAGGGCGUCCAGGAGGAUUGCGCGCAAUGCAAAAGAGGCGAAGAUGGAACGCUGCUUGGGAGGAAGCUGUCAAAUCUGCAGAAGCGCUGCUUCGCAGCGGUGUUUUGCUCACCUGGAGCAGCGCCUCGCACGUCGACGCAAAGCAUAGAGUCGCACCAUGCGAGCCGACUGCCGAUCGUCUAGCAAAGACGGAGGGCAGCAUCGAUUCGAAAGCGCGGAAAGAACCAGCAGCGGAGCUUCACAUGCUCUUGCUCGCCUUGUCCAACGCCCCGCUCCCUCACUUGGCGCUCCGAGCCGCCAGCGCUGCCCAAGCCGCAUCUCUCCAUACCUUGUCGAGACGAACAGAGCCUUCUCGCAAUGAGCCAGCUGCAACGCCCGGCAUUUGGACCCCGCCGACGACUGCCAUCCAGCGACCAGGCGCCCAGUCUGUCGAUCCAGACUGGGCCUCACAAAAGGCGACCGAAAAGACGAUCAGUAAUUUGGUCAGAAGAGCAAACGGAAAGCACGCAGUGGAGAUUCUCGACCUUGUCAGACCUGCUCAUAGAACCCGCAAAAUGUACGAAGCGGUGUUUGAGAUUUGGUCAGAGGUGGACAUUCGACUAGAAGUAACUUGCACGGCUCAGCGGGCAGAUAGAUGGUGCUUGCGCGUGGGGCCCGCGCAGAAGGACCAAGAGCGGGCGACAACGGAACAUGGACGUGGACAUAUCAUGAGUCCGGCUGCUGUGCUCAGAGAUGCAGCCGCACGAGCAAGAUGCGACCUCUCAAGCAGACUGUGGAUGGACUACGCGGAGCUCUUUCACUCCGCAGAUCAGGACUUCGCGGAGGAUGGCGCUAUGCUAGGAUCUCGCUCCUCGCCUGCAAGCUUGCAUCGAGAAUCGCGACCUAGCGGAGCGCCUUUCGGACUACGAACGGAAAUGAGAAGACUGUUGGAGAAGAGGUUCAAGUCUCAUGCUAGGACUGUCCAGCUCGAUUUGGUACAGGCGGAUCUCGAGUUGGCAAAGAACUUGCAGGCAUAUGAUUCUGUUGAAGCAGAGCGGCGCAGCGUGGAAGAGGCUAGGCCAAAUGCAGGGCUAGCAAAACUUGCAUUGCCAAGUUUCGAUGCGGCAGCGUCCGAGUUGGACUCUUCAAAUUUGGCUUAUUUAACGACAACUUCGCACCUCAGCAUCGUGCAAACAAUGACUCGGUCUGGACAUUUUGCGCUGGCUUUUGGCUACGUCUCGCGCGUCCUUGCCAGCCACGCGCAAGACUGCGUCGAAGAUCGCAAGCAACACCUGCGCGACACGAGGACCUUGUUGAUCAAUUGCCUGCUUCGAGCCGCACUGGCCAGUCGCACAAAGAGGAGGCGGGAGCUCUCGAGGCUUCUGACAACCCGCGCGGGGCUGGUGCAAGGUCAAGUUGGCAAGAGCGAGAGUGCCGCUGAUCGAUUGAGGAGUCUGUUGGGAAUUCAGCGCGAGUCUCGCAGCUCCCCACCGCGACGGGAGCUCGCUGCUUCUCGUGCGACUUUGCAGCCCUUGCGAGCAAAGAGGACCGCCUUUUUCACUCCGUCACUUCGUCGAUCGUCUGCGCCCUCGGCGCGCAUCGCAGCGCGCAAAUCGCACGCCUUGCUUCGUGCUCAACGAGUAUUUCAGCUCUUCGACCAGUUCGAGCUUCGACCGAGCGGGGUGACGCUCAACAUCGUCCUGCUCCGACUCUCUCGACGCACCAGGUCCAAAAGGUUGCUCAAGGCUCUGUAUGGCGUCGGCAUGGAGCUGGGAGCCGAGCUCGACGCAGCUUGCGCUGGCGCUGGCGCUCGAGCGUCGCACAAGCUUGCAGCUGCAAAGGAAGGGCGCGUAGACCUGGACGCCCUCAAAAGUCUGCAACAGGAAGAUCGAGCGCUUUUGCUGGCCUUGCUCGCUCGCGCAUCCAGCAUUCCUCCAUCGCGCAUUCACGACAAGCACACGACUUUGAGCCCUUCAUCCGAGCCCCCCGUCGCGGCAGCCUCAUCUUCGCAUCGCGCCGGCCCAUGGAUCGAGUACGAACAGCGCAUUGCUCCGCUCGUCAGAGCAUUUAGCAGUGCUUUGUACGAUGUCGGCGACUGGAAAGGGGCCAGAGAAAUCAUUGGCAUGGGAUUGGAGGAGCGCAAGCGAGCUCAAGAGAUGCGCAGACGGCGACCAGCCAGCACCAGCACUGACAAAUGA